CUACGCCUCACGCGUUUAGUGCCGCCACCUUCGCGACAUUUCAGAUUUAAAGCGGCAUGCAAGCUUUUGAGCUUUGUCUGUUGUGCAGCAGUCAUGGAAAAUGAUGUCUGGUGGCUUGAGGAGCAAUGCGAUCUCCUCAGCUCAGCAAUUAACCAGCACGUUGUCGACUUUCAUCAAACCAUCAAGCGUAAAUUGUCGAAGCUGCCCAGCAACGAAGCCCAUGAACAUGCGCAAGUCGUCAAUACCCUCGAAAACAAGGUAUCUACGUUGACAGCGGAAAAUGAGGCUCUCAAGCAGAAGAUCGCUGCCCUCAGCAGUACCUCGGCUGUACGAACAUCUACAGGGACACCCGCCAGAACGGACACACCAGAAGAGGCUACGCCAGGCACAAGGUUCGAGAACCUCUAUGUUCCAUACUCGGACUGGCAGCAUCUAUCACAAAAGUACAACGAACAUAGGAACAAAUACAAUGAUAUACUGAAGUCAUCUGAAAUGUCUCGCCAGAACCGCGAAAAGGCCAAGGAAAGCAUUCGAGAUUGGCAAACGUGGAUUAUGAAGAAGGAUCUCGCGUUGAAGAAGCGCGAACAAAGAAUAAGAGAGAAGGAACUAGCUCUCAGCAUAAAAACUGAGGCAUUGCCUAAUGAGUAUCGACCGCAAGCCAGUACCCAUUUGCAGUCUUCACUGACCCCGUCAGCCUCCAGGGGGGGUGGUAUUAUCAGGGGCAAUCUAUUCCAAACUUCAAAACCGAUGCCGCUCGAAGACUUGCAAGGCUCUACUCGCCGAGGCGAAAGGUACUUGGCUAUCGAUCAAUUGGGGUCUAGUCAGACGACAACGACUCAAGACGAGAACAUAGAGGAACCACUCCCGGCACAAGACUUACUUGUGGGUGAUAGGGACCACGACAUUCCCGAAUUCGUCUUUGAGAGACCCGUGAAGCGGAAGAGAAGCACUCCAAGAAAGACUAGGAGGUCCUUAGCUCAACCAUCGCCUAUUCGUAUCAAAGACGAGCCUAGUAGUCCCCCCAGCAUCGUGGCCGCUCAACAGACCUUGACCCGCAUGGACACCCUCGAUCUGGAUGAAGCAGUACAGGAUAUCAGUACCCCCCGAAAGAGACGACGACUGGAGUUACUGCGGAUCUCUCAGCUGCCAUCCUUCCGAGCUACAGCGAUGAACAAUCUUCGUCAACAACGUUCUAACAGUCUCCCGAGAGACGUGAUUACUGAGCCGCAAAAAACGGAGGCUCGGGGGGAGGGUAGCUCCUCGCCUGAGAAUUCCUCUAUCAAGGCCGAGGAUAGAUCGAAUAGUGAGCCUAGGUCCAUGGGAGGCACCCGGCGGCUCCCAUUCUCUACCCAGCAUAGCCCUCGGAACUUUCGUGGCCCUUUAAGUGAAGUCAGUCCGAAUAUAGAGCAUGGUCGACCAACACGCAAAAACUCGGGUAUUCAAGAAGGUAUUCAAGACCAGAGCGGCUACCACGUGCACAUUCUGUGUGAAGAUGGCGAAGAGCGAUUUCGACCACAGACUAAGGGGUCGUGGGCAGAAGAGGAGCCAUCUGCAAGAGGCGACUGCGAAGCUCAAAAACGUCUCGAUGCAUUGCUUGCAAGCCAGAAGCCGGAUCAUCUGAAGUCACCUACGAUUUCAAGGCCAGCAUCAACAGCAAAGCCACGCUCUCGUAUACGGCUGAUUAAUCAUAAUAACACAGCGCAGCCAUCCACGAAAACAGAAACACCAGCCUCUCCUCAGCCUGUCACUCCUUUGACUACCAGGCGAUACAAAGGUGAACAGACUUCGACGACAACUCAUUCUGCUAAGCGCCCACUGCGCUCUCGGCCACUUUCUGAACUUUCUGCAUCCGAUUUCAGGCUGAACCCAAAGACAAAUGAAGGACUUGACUUUGCUUUUUCCGACACAGUGCGCGAUAGUGAAUCCCGUCGCUGUCUCCCAGGAUGUACAAAGCCGAGCUGCUGUGGAAAGGCAUUCAGAGCGCUCGUUGAAGCAGGAGUGCAGCCCAAGCUCCCACGAAGCCUUUUCGAGGCUUCUCAAGAUGCUUCCAAGAGUUCCCAGGAGGAGGAAGAGCGCCUGUUGCGUCACUACCUCGGAGAUGCGUACCGACACGACAUGACAAUGGACUAUCGCGCAGAGAUGCUGCUCAGCGCACGGGCACAGCUGCUGGCGAAUCAGCAUGGAAAGCAUCGACAACAACACGAGAGACGAUCGAGCCCGCCUGGGUACUGGGAUACGGACUUCCCUUCCACUCAAGAGCUUGACAGGAGAGGAGAAGAGGCACGUAAGAGAGAUCAGGCGAUAGUUGAAGAGAGAUGGAGGGAGGCUAUGAGGGAAGGGGGUAGGUGGGUAUUCAAGGACGAAAAAUGAAGAAAUUGGAAGAAUCCUUCUCUGGAUAAACCAGCAAGCUUCAUGAUGCUGGAGUUGUCAGAUGUUGCUCCACGGCGUACAGAUAAGCUUUGGGGCAUGAACACGGCCCUUGCGCUGGACUGCAGGUACGAUUAUUGCGGUCGAUUGGCGUU